AUGUCUAAGUCUUUAACAGCAGCGCAAAUCUCCGAUAUCAAACAGAAACUGUUUGAAAAGCAGUCGAUGGCCAGUCUUGCUAAGGAAUAUAAUGUAUCAUCAAGGACAAUCGGGAGAGUGAGGGACAUGGACGGCCAGCAGCAGACAGGCCUAGAAUCUCCAAUCAUCAGGAAGCACCAGGUGAACUUGUCGAUUAAAGACAAACUGGACAUCAUCGCCAAGCUUGAGAAAGGACAAUCGACGGAUGAUUUGGCAAAGUUCUAUAACGUCGAUUCUUCAACUAUCAGAAAUACCAGAUCUUCAAAAUCAGAUAUAUUGAAGCGUAGCUUGGCGCUGGAGCAGUCAAAGCAACCAUUAGAUAGUAAAAGAAUUCGUACAGAAGAAAACAUCCGUGACACAGCGCUAUAUUCUUGGUUCGAGGACGAACGUGCUGCUGGAAUACCAAUCUCGGGUAGUUACCUCCAAGAAAAGGCUUUGGAGCUCCACAAAGCGAAAGGACUCGAAGGCGAUUUCAAGGCGAGCAGCGGUUGGCUCAACAAUUUCAAGAAGCGCUAUGGUAUCAGAGAAUUAUCUAUGCAAGGAGAAAAAUUGUCUGCUGAUAGUAUUGGAGCAGAAGACUUCAAAAGUGAAAUGAAGAAUUGCAUCGUAGAAGGAGGCUACUCUUUGGACCAAAUGUACAACGCAGAUGAAACGGCCUUAUACUUCAGAUCGCUGCCACGGAAAACUUUAGCUGCAGGCCACGAAAGACAAGCAGCGGGAUUUAAAGAGCCAAAGGAACGAGUCACGGUCAUGUGCUGCGCCAAUGCGACGGGAUCGCAUAAAAUUACGCCUUUAGUCGUCGGAAAAUUUGCAAAACCAAGAUGUUUCGCUAAGUGUAAAGGAGAAAAUAUUUUGUUACCAGUGAAGUAUACUAGCAGCAAAUCAGCCUGGAUGAACAAAAAAUUGUUUUUGGACUGGUUCGAAAACGUCUUUAUUCAAGAAGUAAAAGAAAAACAUCCAGUGCAUAGGAAAGUGCUUCUUUUACUCGACAAUGCGCCAUCUCACCCUUCUGCUGAUGAGCUGAACCAAAUCGACGAGACGAUCCAAGUGAAGUUUUUACCGCCGAAUGUGACGGCUUUGGUUCAACCUAUGGAUCAAGGAGUGAUAGAAAAAAUGAAAAAGAUGUACCGAAAAAAGCUGUUGAAAGAGCUUUUCCUACAGCAACGUGGAGGCAGUACGAAAGGCAGCAUUCACAAAUUAGCGCAAAAACAAGAUAUGAAAGAUUGCUGCUAUAGAGUUUGGAACUCUUGGAAUGACAUCAACGACCGAGAUAUUUCCCAUGCCUGGAAUCGGUUUUUUGAUGUCGCUGAUUUUCCACGAGAGCAACGAGUUUCUGCAGAAGAAGUCAAUCAGUUACUUGCCCUUCUCAGAGAUGCUCCAGAGUACGCUGAUUGUACUUUUGACAUGGCAGCAGCUUGGAUUGCAGCUGAUUUUCAAGAAAACGCCUGGGAGCGUUCAAAUGUUGUUGAAAUUUAUGAGAGGAUGACAGCAUCUAGUAAUGGCUCGGAAGAAGGAGAAGAAGAAGAGGAAGAAGGUGAAAUUGAAGAAAGCGAUCGUGUAUGCCAACCAGAAGAAGAGGUUUCACGCGAAGAUGCGUAUAAGGCUGCACUGACACUCUUGAAGUUUCUUGAGAAUGAUUGGGAUUCUACGCCAGGCCAAAUCAAAAAUAUCCAAAAUCUUGCAGAUCAUGUUAUUACUAACUAA